CAAUAGGUGUACAAAAAAAUAUCUAAAUAUUUAAUGUAACAUUUGCAGUGAAGUUAAACGUUAAUAUUCUGAUUAUUACUACCAUUUCCGUGGGUUGUUCUGCGUCUUUGUUAGCUGUAGACUUAUAACAAUGUCCCGAGAAGUCGGUUUUAACAAUGAUGACUCUCCCAAUAAGACAAAUGCGCAUUUGCAGCUUCCAAGUCCGAUUAUAACUCGCAGAAAUCGAACCGCCUCUACGUCGGAAAGGGCUUUAGAAAAUCCUGUUGAAACUGGAAAAAUAAAAUCGUUUUGUAGAGAAAGAGGUCAUGGAUUUGUAACCUCAGUGAGAGGCGGCGAAGAUCUUUUUGUUCAUAUUUCCGACAUUGAAGGUGAAUAUGUUCCUCUUCCUGGAGAUGAGGUGAUGUAUCGACUCUGCCCAAUACCACCCAAGUUUGAAAAAAAUCAAGCCGUCCAUGUAAGGAUUGUCCAUCUAACACGAGAGAAACACUUAAAGUGGGAUGAAGCUUUGCCAUAAAUAGUCACAAGAAAACCAACAAACAUUGUUUUUUUGACAUUGGCAAUUUGAUACUUAAUUAAAAACAAUAUAUUAUAUUUUAGUACAGAAUACAUUGUUACAUAAGGACUACCUUACAUUUUAUACAAUAAUUGAUUAUAUAUCAGGAUAUUGCGCAUACUUUUAAACUUAAGUACUAAUAGCCAAUGUACAAGUUUGUUUGUAAUUCAAACAGUUAGCAUAAUUGCAUCAUUUUUAUAUAAGCUAUUCUAGUAUUAAGUGAUGAGAACUAAGUUCUAUUUUUAACAAAUAGUACAUUAAGAGGGUCAUGGUAAAGAUUGCAUUUUACAACAGUAUUUAUUGUGUAGAGUAUGUGGGAUAUGUGGUGCUAAAUUUUUGAAGGUUUUUAACAUCGCAGUGAUGAUUGUGAAGUGAAAUAAAUGGCUUUACAGUUAUUAUAGUAAGCUUUACAAUAUCAUUAACCAACACAAAUAUAAUUAAUGGCCUACACCUAGCAGCUGAUUUCCGUGUUAUAAAUUGCAAGUUUGCACAAAUAUUGUUGUGAUAUUUAGAUUUUUUUGUGCCAAUAAAUUUGUGGGGUUUGUGUUACAUAGGUAGACAUGUAUUUUUGAUGAUGUAAACUUUUAUUCCAACAGUGCAUUUAGUGUGGUUGUCUCAUUUCAGUUUUAUUUUUAUCAUGUAAUUUCAAUGAUUAUUAGGAUUUGGGUUGCCAUGCUUCUAUAUUUACAAUGUUUAUUUAGUUGAUGUGUAUGAAAUAAUAACUGUAAGUAUAA